AAAUAUAUCAUUACAUAAUUUUAAUUUUAAUUAUCAAUAAAAAUAUAAUGGAACCGAGAAAACCUGAGAAACCUACAAUACCAAUAAUCCCACAUUCCUCUAUAAAUUACAACCAAGAUGCCUCCUCGCUCCUUAGGGAAGUAUUCCACGAUGUGUUGGAAGAACCAGUGCUUCCCGACAACAUCGUGCGAAACUGGGCGAAUUACGAAAUCGAUUCAACCAGAGACAAGGCAACAGCAAAAUGUAUUCAAUCAAUAAAAGAAAAAUCUAAAUUAGAAAUGGAAGCUUUACACAUCGUCGAGGAGAAACUCGCGCAUAACAUAAAAACUAAUUUAGAAAAACAAAAACUAAUUUUAAAAGAUCCUAUAGCGAAAGAAUUUAACAAAUAUAAGCGUGAUAUAAUUUUCCCCAAAAUAGAUCGAGAAGAUGUUAAAGACUACGGUCUAAUUACAGGAGAAGAUUUAAAACCUUCUAGAAUACUACAAAAACUUGACUUUACUUUCGAAACGAAAAUCCCCAAACUAAAACGUAAAGACCCAAACAUGGUCCCUACCAAAUUACCAAACAUAAAACCAGGAGGAAAAGCAACACUCGGCACCAAAAACCUUCCUGGAAGAACAAAAUCAAGAGUAACCCUAUUAGCACCAAGUGAAGUCAGCAGCAAUGCACUUCAAACCAAGAAAACUCUAAAUCCCCACGGUUCACGUUCAUCUCCCAAAUUAAUGUCACCUGAAUCCAGACUCAGAUUAAUCCGCAGUUGCUUCCGUCUUAAUACAAAAGAAGUAGUCUUCACCAACUACAAACUAAAUGUAGUUUAUAAGAAAUGUUUCAAACUACAAAAUAUCAGCACUAAAGUACAACAAAUAACAGUACCUGAUACCACUGAGUACAAAAAUGGCUGCUUCACUGUCAAACCACAAUUUGAUCCGGAUACACUACGGUUGAGUUCUGGAAUGAGUGCGAAAUUCAUCGUCGAAUUCAAAACAGAUACCUACAUGGAUGUAUUCGAUUAUUUUCUUGUAAAUGGACAUAAAGUAAAACUAUUAAGUCAACGUGAACCUCCAAAACUCACAGCUUUCCUCAUGAGGGACACAAUAUCAAUGACACGUGUCUCCCAUCCUCGUUUUGAAAUGACACGAGCUGAAGCCCUGAAUAACACAAUCGAAUGUGGCGCGUGUUUUGUCGGAGAAAGACUUAAUUGUAAUCUGAUAUUUAAAAACAUAGGUGGGCCAGGGAAGUUUUUCAUGAUGACUGAGAUGCAAUGGUCCACACAAGAUAUAAAUACUUUACAUAAUAACCUCCAAUUGGAUUUCGGAGACUUUUCCAUAACACCCAAUUACUUUGAAAUGGAGAAAGAUGAUUUCAUCAUAACAAAGUUAGAAUUUUACGGAGCUGAAAGCAGUACGAAUAUAGAAAACAUAAGCAUGGUCUGCGAUAACAUAACCUGGGAAUCCAUUGAUUUCGUCGCUGAUGUGAUUGAAUUUGAUAAAUAUACAAUCACAGUUGAUCGCUCUAAUAUUUUAAAAAUCACUACAUUUAUACACGAAGUAGUACAAAUGCAUCAAUGCACUGAUGAAUACCUCGAUUGGGAUCUGUCAAACACCUCCAGCAAUAACAAUAGCAGUGUGGAGCCUUCUGUGUGUGUACAUUUGGUGGAACCAGACAAUAACCAUGUGAAAAAUAUCAGUACAGACGUGGCACUUCAUACUUCAUCAGUAGAUAUCAUCGAUGAGGUUAUUUUUGAUUAUCUGAUUUCAAUAGAUAAUGAUCCACUCACAUCCGGUAGCAGUGCCUCUGAAGAAGACAUAAAAUGUAGAUCUUCAGGAGUUUUGUUCAUUGGAAAGACUCUUGCCUAUAAGAAAAUAAAACAGAAUAUCAAAAUUAGAAAUAAUAGCCAGAUACAUCUAAAAUAUAGAUUUGAUUUGCAUGAAAUCAAUUUGGAGAAUUACAAGCAUCCUAUGUUGAAGGGAAUGCAAGAAUUGCAGUUUGAUUGUGUGGGGUUUGAAGGUGAUGAGGAUAAUAUCCUGCCUGCUUAUGGGGAGGUCACUUGUAAUAUUACAGCAUGUCCUGAAACAACUGAAGAAGGGUUUUAUGGUGUUACCAUUGGUUUUGUCAUUGUGGGUAUACCUCUGUGUGCUGUCAAAUUAUCCCCUGACAACCCAAAUUUCCUCAUUCUACAACCUCAAGACUCAGAAUCUACAAGUGAAAGUAAUGCCACUCCUGUUGUUGAUGUCCAAGUGGCGCUGUUCGAUGCGAUAUGUUUCGUAAGAGGUUUACGAAUUCUUGUCAUGCCUAGAAAUGUGUUUGGUUCACAUCCUCAUCAUUAUGGUGCCAAAGUGAAACGGGAAUUCAAACUCAAUGUGGACUGUGAUCAAUUUGAUGAGAUUAUAACAGGAUAUUGGAUUAGUAAUCAAUGGGGGAAAGUGAUGAUAUAUCCAAAAUCGUUUAAAAUCAAACCUAGGAGGCCUUUUAUUUUUGAUGUGGAAUAUGAUGUUACCACUUAUAAAAGUACCGUGGAACGUAUUUGUGUUGUAAUAGAAAAGCAUUACACAAGAUCAAUUGAUCUGAAGAUUGAAGUGGAACCACCACAUUUAAAGUUUAAUAAAACAAUUCCCUUACAAAUGGGUCUAUGUACAGUCGGAAACACUUAUAAAACAUCUUUUAAAAUCCUAAACUCUAAUUUUGUUAAUGUGGAUUGGGAGAUUAGAGAGCAAUACAUACGAGAUUUGCAUCGACCGAAAAUGAACGGGGUUCAGAUACAAGCUAAGAACUUAGGUUGUGGUGAUGUUGACGUAACCUACGAAAUAGUUGCUCGAGCUCCUAUUAGAUGGACAUCAUACCUGCUCCUAUGCACAAUCUAUGACGGUAAAAAGAAAGAAGAUUGUCGCUUACAAAUCAAUUAUGAAGUUGCCGAUGUAGCUGCUUGUAUACAUACAGAUUUCUCGGAAUGUCCUAUUCUCUCUCCACCAGAGAUGCUUUAUGUAAACACCCCGAAAACUUACUCUGUUUGCUUUCAUAAUUUGACACAAGUUGAUGUUGUCUUUGAACUUUCUGAAAUUUAUGGAAAACAUGCUGAUUUAUUAGAUAUUUCUGUAUCCCCGAAAAGAUUCACAAUCCAAAAUGGAAUCGCUCAUAGAAUUGAUGUUACAAUCACACCUGUAAAAGCAGGAAUGUACGAUGAUAUCUUCCUUGCUUUUAAUCAAGUGGAAAUGUCUGAAAACAGAAUUGGAGACUAUUGCGCGCCUGCACCAGUAGUGCUCUCUGUAGUAGUUGCUGUUGAUGAUAUAUAUGUCAAAGUGGUGUUACCAGGAGUACAAAAUGAAGUAUUCUGGCCUCCUAGGGUUGAACGUCUAUCUAUAAAUUAUGAAUCAAAUCAAAAUCUAGCUUUAGCUAUCACAGAAGAAGUUUCCCCAGAGACUUUUAAUGAUGCUAGUAAAAUGGAAGCUGAGUUGACCAUGAGUAGUACUGACUUGAAUGAUGACUUACCAUCAGAUCUCGUUAAAUAUCUCAAAGAGUUGGCUCCGUCUACUGUUGAAGAUGAAUCGUCAAUCAUGUCUUCUUUUAGUAGUGAUACAACUGUUUCAGAAACAUCUUGUAGUAGGUUUAAUCCUUAUGGGUUUGAAGAUGUUUCCAAAUAUGUUGUGGAAAUAUGUGGAGUACAUUUAAAGCAAGUUUAUACCUGUAAUAUUAAACUGGAGAAUUUAACUCCGGUGACAGGAUGUUUACAAGUUGUAAAUUUGAAUUUUCCUCCGAAUAAUUACGAACAGAAAAAGAUUGAUGUGGUGUUACAAGCAUUGAAGUAUCAAUCAAUUGAAGAUGAAUGGGAGAAAAGGUUAGAUCCCUAUGGUAUAGCAAUUGACCAUCGAUGUCUUGAUGGUACCCAACACUUAAAACCUUUUGGUACCAAUGAAAUUAUCCUUUCAAUCUAUGCCAACACAUGGGGAACAUAUAAGGAAGACCUCCUAAUAGAUUUUAACCAUAUCCUACCUUUGAGAAUAACUUUAAUCGUUGAAAUAAUCGGAAUACCUUUAGAAUUCCCUAUUGGAAUAAACAAUAUACAUAAAACGGCCAUUUUGAGGUUUGGUACCUUAGCAUACAAAUCAAACUUUCAAAUAAGGCAAUUACAAGUAAGAAAUGUAUCAGUGGUGCCUGUCAAUGUAAUAUGGCAUAUUUACAUGCGUCACACUCAUGGUGAGUUAGCUAACGAACCAAUCACAAUCCUUUUUGAUGUUUACCAUCCCAAUGAUGAUGAUACGCAUGAUGAGGAAACAGCCUCACAAGGGAAUUUAAUGAUAGCGCAUGGGAAGUGUAUCGGACGCAGUAAUCAUCGAAUAUUUAAGAUGUCCCCAAAAGAAAUGGUAAUCCCACCAAAACAAACCCUGGCAUUGAAACUAGGUUUAAACACUCGUGCAUUCGCAGCUUCCUACAAUACAACUGAAAUUGAAGCAUAUCUCAUUGGAUACACUCACUUACCACAAAAUUUGAGUUAUUCUCCAUUGUUGUAUAGACGUCCCACAGGUCAUGCCAAUGAUCCAACCAAAGCUAAACUCACCGCAACUCUUGAUCUCCCCGUUCUUAAGUUGGAUAUGUGUGUAGAAGACCUCCAUUUUGGUUUCUUUGCGGAUCAAAUCUUGGAUUCUGGAUAUAUCAAACAAGUACGGCAGUUAACUUUGAAAAAUCAUCAUCAAGUCGAAGCUGAAGUCUGUUUCCAAAUGGAUCCGCCAUUUGUAUUAGAAAGUGCACGUACAUCAACAAAACUUACCCAUUUAAAAACAUCCGAGAAAGAUAGUCCGAGAUAUUCAGCUGUAGUUCAACCAGAUGAAUGUGUACAACUCGCGUUGAGUUAUACAAUCGAUGUGGAGACACUCUUUCGCAUCGCAAAGCAACUUUUUGAUGAUUCCGACGAUGAUGAAGGCACUGUGCUAUAUUCAAAGUUAAAUUUGACUGAACAGACUUUCAGUCUUGAACAGUAUCUGCACAUUGAGCAGGCAGGUUUUAUUCGACAGAAUAUUCCUGUAAGUUUAAAGAUAUAUCUUCCAAUAUUAGAAGUUACUAAUGAGAUAGAUUUUGGUGAUGUAUAUCUUGGAAAUGUGGUGAAACAACUGUGUAUCAUUCGGAAUUAUUCAUUGUGUCGUGUGGAGUUUACUGUACAUGAAAGCAAAACUUUUCGUGUGAUGACUAAAAACGGGGUGAUCAAGCCAGGAAGACGUGAUUUUCCGAUGGUUUAUGAUUUAUACAUUGUUUUCGUUCCUCAGAUAUUAUCUAAAUUUGAAGAGAAAAUUAUACUUCGAACACGAAUACCCAGUUUGCACUUCACUAUAAAAGUAUCUGGAGUGGGAAGACAAAAUGAACGAUAUUAUAUGCCUGAUACUUGCUAAAUCAGAAAAAAUAUAUACUAUUAUCAUC